CAUAACAUCUUCUCAAUACAAAACUCUCUCUUUCUCCCUCAUCCAUCCCCCUUCUCUACCUUCCUUCACCCCCCUUGCUCUUUAGCCUUGUUGUAUGCGUUGUCACUAUCUUACGCCACAUAUUUAAUCCUGUACACCCCCUCCUCUUCAUUUCUUCUCUGUCCUUGUCUCCUCUGUUUUGGUGCAGUUUUUUUUUUUUUUUUUUUCUUUUUUUUUUUUGUGUGAAGUAUCUUUUUAAUUGCAGCUACUUCCAUACUGGUUAUUAGUCUGAACCCUUUUCUUUAUUUAUUAUUUACUCUACCAAUUUUCUUUCUUUCUUUCACUUACAAACAAAAUUAAAGGUACUAGCUUUCUGGGUUUUGCUGCUUCUUUUAUUUUAUUUACUUUUCCUGUCCUUUUCAAGUCUUCUUUCUUAGAUUUAUGUUCAGUUUUCCAUGUUAUCUGAGUUGGGUUUCUGUUUAUUUUAGCUAAUUUUGACCAAACUUUGUUCAAGGUUCUGUCUUUCUUUCACCAUGGCUUCCAAUAAUGGAGUUAAUGUUAAUGAGUCUAAGAGGGUUGUACCACUGAAUACAUGGGUUCUGAUCUCACAAUUUAAGUUGGCAUACAAUAUGCUUCGACGUCCUGAUGGUUCGUUUAACCGUCAUCUAGCAGAAUACCUUGAUCGAAAAGUCGAAGCUGAUCCAAACCCCGUUAAUGGUGUUCUGUCAUUUGAUGUUGUCGUUGAUCGUAGUACUAGUCUCCUUUGUAGGGUAUAUCGUCCCACCAUUGUUGAGGAAGAAAUUGUCGUAGAAGGUCAGACCACAACUAUUAUCAACCUAGAGAAGCCUGUGGAGUCUGAUGUCGCUGUUCCGGUGAUAAUCUUCUUUCAUGGGGGGAGCUUUGCUCAUUCAUCUGCCAAUAGUGGUAUCUAUGAUGUACUUUGUCGUCGAUUAGUUGGUGUUUGCGGGGCUGUUGUAGUGUCGGUAAACUAUAGGCGUGCACCUGAAAACCGAUACCCUUGUGCGUAUGAUGACGGAUGGACUGUCCUUAAAUGGGUGAAUUCGAGGAAUUGGCUCAAAAGUAAGGACUCGAAAGUACAUAUAUACUUGGCGGGAGAUAGUUCAGGCGGUAACAUAGCUCACAAUGUUGCCGUUAGAGCAAUCGAAUCUGAAAUCGAAGUAAUAGGCAAUAUUCUUCUUAAUCCUAUGUUCGGUGGGCAAGAGAGGACCAAAUCAGAACAGGGUUUAGAUGGGAAAUAUUUCGUGACUUUGCAGGACCGAGAUUGGUAUUGGAGAGCAUUUCUUCCUGAAGGAGAAAAUCGGGACCAUCCAGCGUGUAACCCAUUUGGUCCCCGUGGUCAAAGCCUUAAAGCAUUGAAGUUUCCGAAAAGUCUUGUAGUGGUAGCGGGUUUGGAUCUUAUACACGAUUGGCAAUUGGCUUAUGUAGAAGGGCUGAAGAAAUCGGGCCAUAAUGUCAAGCUUCUAUAUUUGGAGCAAGCAACAAUCGGGUUCUACUUGUUGCCGAAUAACAGUCACUUCUACACCGUCAUGGAUGAAAUCCGCAAAUUCGUUGGUCUUACCGAAUAGAUGGUUCAAUCCAAACGAAGGGUAUUAUAUCACCUUCGGGGCACCUAGCUUCUGCACUCGUGUGCAACUUACCGAGUGAGUAGUGCUAAUUACUCUUCGAAAUACGUUUGAUACGUUUGGUUAUAGUUAACAAGUUGCUGCUUUCAGUGAUCUCAAAAUGAUGAUUUCUGGCCUUUCUUGCGGUUGCAGCACGGCUUAAACUUAAUUUUACUAGUGUUGAGUAGUCAGUCAUGAGAUUACCUAAUUCAGGCAAGUCUCUUUUAUGUAUAAUAGUACUAGUAUUAGACUUUUCUACCAAGUCCUGAGCAAUUCGGGGCAAUUGCUGGUUGGUUCCUUUUGCUUCUGGCCGAGAUGGUGGAAGUAGACCACUACACAGGCCGCGGUACUUCUACUGAUUGGAGCUUGCGACUACGCUAAUAGUAGUAUAGUACUAAUCGGAGGACAUGGGCAACAUGUUACUCAAUAGAUACUGUAAAAUCUGUAUGUGUAUACAAAUAUCUAUAUCUAUAUAUAAGAACUAAGAAGUAUAUCUCUUCAAUAUCCGAUCAGUUGUACAAGAAUGAUACUUCAGUGUUAUAUAUCCUUUUGUAGUUGAUUUUCUUGUGGCAUAUAACAUAUUGUUUGGAUCCAAUUCUAACCAUCCUCGGUAUUAAUGCUAGUAUGUGUUGCCCAUGGCGUGGUCUGGUCUUUUGUUUUCAUUUGCAGGUUCCUCUCGAGCUGAAAGUCUCUAAUUCCGCAACCUCCUUAUCUCAUAAGGAUAUAGCCCACCGUCUUCUAAUCAUCUGCAGACCUGAUCAUAGCCUCUGUGAGCGGGAUAUAUUGGAUAUGAUAAUGAUGGACUGAUGGUGAUGAUUGUGCAAAUAAUGUUUGAAUUCUUCAUUAAGCUGUCAAUAUGUUGUAUAUGCUUCUGGUUUGUGUUCUUCUUUAUCUUAUCUCUAGUGAAGAUGUCACAUUCAAGAUCCAAAAUAAGCUAUCUUUAAUAAAUUUGUAAUCAGGGAAUAUUUAACUUUUUCUAAAAAUAUGGUUGAGGUGAGAAAUUUCCUGUCUUUUGUGGUUGUAG